UCUACUGGAAUCUAUUGUUGUUCUUCCAUUCAACUUUAGUUUAUGCACAAACUCCGGAAAUCUACUAUAUUUGAAAUUCGAAGUGAUCCAGAGUUUGGAUUGUACGCGACUUUACGUGUUAUAACACUAACUUUAAAAUGGCAGAAGAAGAUAAGAGUAAGAAGAACAAGAACAAGAAGAACAAACUAUCGCUUGGAGAAAUUCAAAGGACGAUGAAGUGCGAGAUAGUACCCUCCAAUAAGGAGGUGAAACUGGAAUGUAAAGAUUGGCCUCUUCUGUUUAAGAAUUUUGACAAAAUGCUGACACGUACGAAACAUUUUACACCUUUGACAAGCGGUUCUACCCCACUUAAUCGUAGCUUAUCAGAAUACAUAAAGUCAGGAUGCAUCAACUUGGACAAACCAUGUAAUCCAUCGUCGCAUGAGGUGGUGGCUUGGAUAAAGAGGAUUUUAAGGGUGGAGAAGACUGGUCACUCAGGCACAUUAGAUCCUAAAGUAUCAGGAUGUUUGAUAGUUUGUAUAGACAGGGCGACCAGAUUAGCCAAGUCGCAACAGUCAGCUGGAAAGGAAUAUGUUGCUGUGUUUAAACUUCACUCUGCACCAGAAAGUAUUCAGAAGGUAAAGCAGUCAUUGGAAAAGUUGCAUGGUGCUCUCUUCCAAAGGCCACCAUUAAUAUCGGCGGUCAAAAGACAGCUUCGCGUUAGGACAGUAUAUGAAAAUGAAUUGCUUGAUUAUAAUAAGGAAAUUAAUAUGGGAGUAUUUCGUGUUAGCUGUGAGGCUGGCUCUUACAUAAGAACUAUGUGUGUCCAUCUCGGGUUGUAUGUAGGUACCGGCGCUAAUAUGCAAGAACUUCGGAGGAUUCGUUCUGGCAUUCAAUCCGAAAAGGAUGCCAUGGUUACAAUGCAUGACAUUCUAGAUGCCCAAUGGUUGUACGACAAUCAUGGAGACGAAUCUUAUCUAAGGAGAGUUAUAAAACCAUUAGAAGCAUUAUUAAUUAAUCACAAAAGGAUCGUAUUGAAAGAUAGCGCUGUGAAUGCAAUUUGUUACGGAGCUAAAAUAAUGCUGCCAGGCGUUAUAAUGUAUGACCAAGGGAUAGAAUUAAACCAAAAUACAAUAAUAUUUAAACAAAAUUUUAUUUAUAUGUAUUUAGCUAUAGCUUUGAUGACCUCUCCAACUAUGGCUGCUUGUGAUCAUGGAGUAGCUGCAAAAAUUAAAAGAGUAAUCAUGGAGAGAGAUGCAUAUCCAAGGAAGUGGGGUUUAGGUCCUAAAGCAUUGCAAAAAAAACGUAUGGUACUUGAAGAGACCUUAGAUAAAUAUGGAAAACCAAAUGAAAACACACCUGCAGAUUGGUUACAAAAUUACACAGAUUAUUCUGCAACAGCGACGUCAACGGCAGACAUUAAGACGGAGAAAAACGGUGACGUUGGCUCUAGAAAAAGGAAAAGAGAAGAUGAUACAAGUGUAAUGGAUACAAACAUUUCUGUGAAACAAGAAGUAAUAUCACCGGUAUUAUCAUCAGAAGAUAAAAAAAAUAGAAAUAAAGAUAAAAAGCAUAGAAAUAAAGAUAAAAGGAAGGAAAAAUAAAAUUAUAUUAUACAUUCU